AUUCCAGGGUAUUUUUCCUGGGUUUCAUCAUCAGGGACCUUCUCCUUUUCAUCUCAUCAACAAUGUGGUACCUUUUACCAUUCAGUAAAGAUUAAGGACAUGUUCUUUGGUCAGCAACCAGAACUUAAAAUCUGCUGGAAUAAGGUCAGAGACCAUUUCAAUUACAGCUGAGGAAAAUGAAAUUUCCAUUUUAUUUGGUGCCUUGUACAGGGAGCACACUAACUCUUAACAGAAAGGUCUGAGUGAAAAGAGAUUGAGUUCGUCUAAUAGAAACUCAUGGUUAUGGCGAGUGACCCAACGUGAUUAGAGGGGGCAAGAGCCACACAGGAACUCAUGACGGGCUAUACCAUGUUGCGGAAUGGGGGAGUGGGGAAUGGAGGUCAAACCUGUAUGUUACGGUGGUCCAACCGGAUCCGACUCACGUGGCUCAGUUUCACGCUCUUCAUCAUUCUGGUUUUCUUCCCCCUUAUUGCUCACUAUUAUCUCACCACUCUGGAUGAGGCUGAUGAGGCAGGCAAGCGGAUUUUUGGCCCAAGGGCUGGUAAUGAACUAUGCGAGGUAAAGCAUGUGCUGGAUCUUUGCCGGAUUCGUGAGUCUGUAAGCGAAGAGCUCUUGCAGCUGGAAGCCAAGCGGCAAGAGCUGAACAGUGAAAUUGCCAAGCUGAAUCUGAAGAUUGAAGCCUGUAAGAAAAGCAUUGAGAAUGCCAAGCAGGACUUGCUUCAGCUCAAGAAUGUCAUUAGCCAGACUGAGCAUUCUUACAAAGAGCUGAUGGCUCAAAAUCAGCCCAAACUUUCUUUGCCUAUCCGAUUGCUUCCAGAGAAGGACGAUGCCGGUCUUCCUCCCCCAAAGGUCAUACGGGGAUGCCGGCUGCACAAUUGUUUCGAUUAUUCUCGCUGUCCUCUCACCUCUGGUUUUCCAGUCUAUGUAUAUGACAGUGACCAGUUUGCCUUUGGCAGCUACCUGGAUCCUUUGGUCAAGCAGGCUUUUCAGGCUACAGCACGAGCUAGCGUUUAUGUUACAGAAAAUGCGGACAUUGCCUGCCUUUAUGUGAUAUUAGUGGGAGAAAUACAGGAGCCAGUAGUGCUUCGGCCUGCUGAACUUGAGAAGCAGCUCUAUUCUCUACCACAUUGGCGGACAGAUGGACACAACCAUGUCAUCAUCAAUCUGUCGCGGAAGUCAGAUACACAGAAUUUACUAUAUAAUGUCAGUACAGGCCGGGCCAUGGUGGCCCAGUCUACUUUCUAUGCUGCCCAGUACAGACCUGGAUUUGACUUGGUAGUGUCACCACUAGUCCAUGCCAUGUCAGAGCCCAACUUCAUGGAAAUCCCACCACAGGUGCCAGUUAAGCGGAAAUAUCUUUUCACCUUCCAGGGUGAGAAGAUUGAAUCACUGAGAUCCAGCCUUCAGGAGGCCCGCUCCUUUGAAGAAGAAAUGGAGGGUGACCCUCCAGCCGACUAUGAUGAUCGUAUCAUUGCCACCUUAAAGGCUGUACAGGACAGCAAGCUAGAUCAGGUCCUGGUAGAAUUUACCUGCAAAAACCAGCCUAAACCCAGUCUGCCUACUGAGUGGGCACUGUGUGGGGAGCGUGAGGACCGCUUAGAAUUACUGAAGCUUUCCACCUUUGCCCUCAUUAUCACUCCUGGGGACCCUCACUUGGUUAUUUCAUCUGGGUGUGCAACACGGCUCUUUGAAGCCCUGGAAGUUGGUGCUGUCCCAGUUGUGCUGGGGGAGCAAGUCCAGCUUCCCUACCAGGACAUGCUGCAGUGGAAUGAGGCAGCCCUGGUGGUGCCCAAGCCACGUGUUACCGAGGUUCAUUUUCUGUUACGAAGCCUCUCAGAUAGUGAUCUGCUGGCUAUGAGGCGGCAAGGCCGCUUUCUCUGGGAGACGUACUUCUCAACCGCUGACAGUAUUUUUAAUACCGUGUUGGCUAUGAUUAGGACUCGCAUACAGAUCCCAGCUGCUCCCAUCCGGGAAGAGGCGGCAGCUGAGAUUCCCCAUCGUUCAGGCAAGGCGGCUGGAACGGACCCUAACAUGGCCGACAAUGGGGAUCUGGACCUGGGGCCAGUGGAAACGGAGCCGCCUUAUGCCUCACCCAAAUACCUCCGCAACUUUACUUUGACUGUCACUGAUUUUUACCGCAGCUGGAACUCUGCUCCAGGGCCUUUUCAUCUGUUCCCCCACACACCCUUUGACCCUGUGUUGCCCUCAGAGGCCAAAUUCUUGGGCUCAGGGACUGGAUUUCGGCCUAUUGGUGGUGGAGCUGGGGGUUCUGGCAAGGAGUUUCAGGCGGCACUUGGAGGCAACGUUCCACGAGAGCAGUUCACGGUGGUGAUGUUGACUUAUGAGAGGGAGGAAGUGCUUAUGAACUCUUUAGAGAGACUGAAUGGCCUCCCUUACCUGAACAAGGUCGUGGUGGUAUGGAAUUCUCCCAAGCUACCGUCAGAGGACCUUCUGUGGCCCGACAUUGGCGUCCCCAUUAUGGUGGUCCGGACUGAGAAGAACAGUUUGAACAACCGAUUCUUGCCCUGGAAUGAAAUUGAGACAGAGGCUAUCCUGUCUAUUGAUGAUGAUGCUCACCUCCGCCAUGAUGAAAUCAUGUUUGGGUUUCGGGUGUGGAGAGAAGCACGGGACCGCAUUGUGGGUUUCCCUGGCCGUUACCAUGCGUGGGACAUCCCUCAUCAGUCCUGGCUCUACAACUCCAACUACUCCUGUGAGCUGUCCAUGGUGCUGACAGGUGCUGCCUUCUUUCACAAGUAUUAUGCCUACCUGUAUUCUUACGUGAUGCCCCAGGCCAUCCGAGAUAUGGUGGAUGAAUAUAUCAACUGUGAGGACAUUGCCAUGAACUUCCUUGUCUCCCACAUCACUCGGAAACCCCCCAUCAAGGUGACCUCUCGGUGGACUUUCCGAUGCCCAGGAUGCCCUCAGGCCCUGUCACACGAUGAUUCCCACUUUCAUGAGCGGCACAAAUGUAUCAACUUUUUUGUCAAGGUGUAUGGCUAUAUGCCCCUGCUGUACACUCAAUUCAGGGUGGACUCUGUGCUCUUCAAAACCCGCCUGCCCCACGACAAGACCAAGUGCUUCAAGUUCAUCUAGGGGCAUUGCAAGUUUUAGGGAGAGGAUGAGCAGAGAGGGGGAGAUGGCUCCUAAGGUUCCUAGACAUUGAAGGACCUCAGGGACAUCCGCUGGGUGGGUGGCCCACGCCCUCUGCUGGGAGAGGUGGCAGGAAGAAUAGAAAGGAAAUAGCCUUCUUUCUCUUAAAAGUCGGCCACACUGGGCCUGGAACCCUGGUCCAAGGACACCGGGGUUCCCUAUACAGGGCACUGACUGAUAGCUUACACUGAGGACCAUGGGGACUCCGGAGAGUCACUCACGCAGUUCAUAAGCCCAGGAAGCUGGUUUGUGAUUUUUAAAUUCAGUAACAGCUAUUAUUAUUUAAAAGGAAAAAGUUUCAGAUUUGUCAUUCAAGGCUUAUUUAUAUAUAUGUGUGUGUAUAUAUACAUAUAUAUGUGUGUAUAUAUGUAUAUAGAUGCACACACACACUCUCACAUACAUAUACAUAUACAUAUAUAUAUAUAUAUAUAUAUUUGGGGGGGGGAAGUUUGAAAUUUCUGCCUGUUUCACAAAGUGAGGGACCCAUCAGGUCUUCUGAUGUUCUGUAUGUUGGUGGAGACGGAUCCUGGCCUCAUGGUAUCUAGCUCAUCCUUAAGGAUCAUCUCCACACUCCCCAGGGCAUCAUUGUGCAGAAACAAAAAGGCCAGGCUUGGCCCUCCUGUGGGGCCUGGACGAGAUAAGCCGUGUCGGUUUGUUCCUUCCCCCAUCUGUUGCCACCCGGCGAUCUGGAACUCUCGUCUUCCUGUCGCUUGAGUCCAUGGGGAGGACCUGCACCUCUGGGAACAGCGGAGCUUCCCUGUGCUGGAUUCAGUGGUUUCAAGGAUUCAUCAUUAGGCCGUGCUGUCCCAGAACUUGCCCCUGCGCUCCCAUUCUCUCCCCUGUUGGAAAGAAGAAUGAGGAAGGAGUGAGACCUGAAGACAGCUCUCCCAGAUGGCUCUUUUUGUUCAGCCCUCCUUUUAAAACACAUGUUGUGCUUUGGCUUCAGGCUUUCCUGAAAGUUAUCUCUUGUGUAAGAGAACAGAGAACUGGCAGGCACUUCCAGGUGUGAUCUGCAGUGGUUUGCGGGUUGGCCUCCUCUCUCUGGCGUAGAAUGAGUGAGCAUCCUUUGCGGAUCCCCACCCGGCUGGCCGGGAAGUCUUACAGCAAGGCGCCUGCCUUGGGAUAAAUACCUUGGUGAAAUUCACCUUCCCCUCCGCCUUUGUCUGGACCUGUACCCUAUGUUACCUGUAGUUUUUAGAUCCCCAAUGCCAGGUUGGUUCCAGGACCCCUUGAGGUUUGGUAUGUGCCAGAACGAUAGGAAGAUCUAAUUUGUUAAGUUAGGCUCCAGUCCAGCCUGAGAUUUCACAGGCAUUUGUACUCACAUUACCACUUUCACUCCAGGUUUACGUUUCUAUUCCUUGGGCUGAAAUGGAAAUAAGCUAUUUUUUUUUUUUUUUUUUUUUUUUUUUUUUGGUGG